CUAAUUGUUAUGUUACUUCUUGCUUCCUCCUCACUACCCGAUACUACCGCAUCAAACUCCAGGUCCUCAAAACAAGAAACUCCACCAGAGCUGUGCUUCAGAUAAGAUCCAAAGACCCUUGGUUCCCUCCGUCGAUUUUCAGUCUUCUUGAGCCAAUCAAGGUCAAGAUGACCCUAGAGAAAGUCAGAGUAAGCAUUGCCACAAACCCCCAUAUACUUCUGAUAGACAGCGCACACACAUUUACAUUAAAUGGGAAAGCAGUGGUGCGUGUUGAAGCACCCUCAUCUAUGAAGAACCAUGCCCCCAUUGACCUAGUCACGCUUAUCAAUAUUAACCAAAGCAUGAGCUGGCCAGCGGCAUCACAAACAGAGAUCCCAUCAAGGUUGGAUCUGCUGAAAAAUGCCAUGAAGUUCAUAAUAAGGCAGCUUGGUGAUGACGACCGCCUUGCCAUUGUAGCAUUCAACGACAAGGUCAUCAAAGAGAAUACCACUGGCAUUUUAGAAAUAUCUGGCAGUGGUCGGAUGGCUAUCGAAAAAAAGGUGGAUGGGCUUGUGGCUAUGGGUGACACUGCUUUUAAACCGAGCUUGGAGCAUGCUGUGAAGCUCCUGGACGACCGAGCGGAUAAGAAGCGUGCAGGCUUCAUCGUUCUCAUUUCGGAUGGUCUAGACGGCCAGUCCAAAUGGGGAGAUGAGAGUAUCACCCCCACGGAUCCUAUCCGAGGCCUCCUCCGAAAGUACCCAGUCCACACCUUCGGUUUGGGCAAGGCUCACGACCCAAAGGCGCUUCACUAUAUCGCUGAUAUAUCCUAUGGAAUCUAUUCCUCCAUCGUCACCGACAACCUUGACAAGAUCAUCGAGGCAUUCGCCGUCUGCUUAGCUGGGUUCAAGACCGUAGUAGCCGUCGACGCUUGCGUUGACAUCUGGUCAAAUAGUUUGCUGAUAACAAGGAUCGACCCUGGGGGUUACAUACUCCGGGGGAGUUCCGGAGGCAUCUUGGUUGGCACGCUCUAUGCUGGGGAGGUGAAGGACUUCAUUGUCUACUUUUCUUAUCGUACCGGGAGUUGGUCGGGGGGUUACUAUACAAUUUUGAAUGGGAUUAAUGCCAGGGUCACGUACAGGGAAGCGCCUGGCAGGCAGUCGACCACUACUGACACUUGCUCGGUGUCGCUCCCAAUUCACGUGGCCAACAGCUCAUCUCCUCCUGCAAACCCCUGCCCACCCUACCCCAUGGUCCUGCAGCAGAUGGUCCGGUUGAAGGUGCUAGACUUGCUUAUAAGCGUCCUGAAAGAAUUCCUGGUCCUGAAGGGGGAGGCUGCUAGUGCCGUCCACGGGAAGGAAGGAGGAGAUGACCCGGUCUUGCAGGCCAUCGCAGCGAGCUUGCUGCAGAGGAAGUGGAAAGAGUUCAAGCAGUCCGAUGAAUCCUGGAAAGAAGCCCCGAGGAACUUCGUUAACCUGGGAGGCAUCGACGAGGACAUCAGCGCCAUGGUGGGUAUCCUGAAGCGGGGCUUGGGUGUUGGAUGCAUCCACUCAUGGCUGUCGAGCAAUCAGAUGCAGCGCGCGACAGCUACAGGCGGCUUGCCAGGGGCUCACAUGGUUGCAACAGGCCAAUUCCGCACGCCAGCGAUGAACGCAAUGGUGCAGGAGGCCCAUAGGCAUUUGGCCAGGGAAGCAUCUGCCCAUGAUGCGGGGACAUCAAUUGUUUGCAAGCGCGCCGUCGAGCUUCUAGAUGGGAUAAACAAGCGAUUCGAUCUCUGGUGCAAGCUGGACCAGGAAUUGCCGCGCACGAACCAACCGUCACCACACCAGGAAGAAGGCCAUGAGUCCCGUGACCUCACCGCCGUCCUACGGGGGGACAUCAACCGAGCGAGGCAGCAUGACAUAUACCUGGCUGCCGAUCACGCGAUCAAGCAAUGGCGCAGCUUCCUCACAUCCGUGGAGAAGACGCAUGGCCACGGGCAUAUAUGAUGAGGCCACUGGCAACCACCACAGCGUGAGUGGCGUUCAGUCGAUGCAGACUCAGACAUACACAAUUAAUAUAAGUAAAUAAAUAAAUUUAAUGAGCGAGAGGCCGUGACACCAGUCCCUCCGAUCCUGAGAAUAAUUAAUAUUUGUGCGUACUAUCCUCAUCGUCAAUAUAUUGGUCCUUUGAUUUCCCGUGUGUUCACUUACUAUUGUUCUCUAAUUACUAGUCCUGAUCAGUUCCGGACGACUAAGCUGUAAUAAUGUAUCUUUUCUUUUCUUUUUUAUUAAUAAAAGACCAUAUGUAUAU